ACAUGUGAGGUCACUAAGUCGUUCACAAUGGAUGUUGCUAAAAAAAUAUUAAUUCUAUCCAUUUUAUGUAUGUCAAUGACAUAUUAUUUGGAAAUUGAAACACCACUAACGCAAAGUGUUUUAUCCUGGAAAAAAAGGGGCCAUUAUUUCAAGUACAAAGAGCACUCGAUAUACUUUUUAAAGCAAACAAACGAUUCACCUAAAACUAAGUCAUCAUUAGUAUUACUUCACGGAUUUCCAUCUUUUUCGUAUGAUUGGGCUAAACUUCUUAAAAAUUUGGAAAAUUAUGAUAAAUUUGAGGAUAUCAUAACCUUUGAUUUCAUUGGCUAUGGCCUUAGCGAUAAACCUAGAAAUCAUCUAUAUUCUAUUUUUGAACAAGCUAAUAUUACAGACGCCCUGAUAAAGCAUUUAAAACUAAAGAAUGUACAUAUUUUAGCCCACGAUUAUGGAGACACUGUUGCACAGGAGCUACUUGCAAGGUGGAAUAAAAAUGAAGUAACAGAUUGGAAUCUACAAAGCGUUUGCCUAUCCAAUGGGGGUAUUUUUCCAGAAACUAAUUUUCCUCGUCCAACACAAAAAUUGCUAAGAUUACCUUACUUAGGUAGCUUCCUUUCAAAAUUGAUGUUUUAUGGAGCAUUCAGAAGAGGAUUCAGUGAAGUAUUUGGACCUAAAACACAGCCAACAGAAGAAGAGUUUCAAGACUAUUGGUCAGCAAUUCGACAACAAGCCGGAGAGGCUAUUUCAUAUAGAUUACUUCAUUAUAUAUCUGAAAGACAAGAAAAUAAAGAGAGAUGGACAAAUGCCCUGGUCUCUUCAAAAGUUCCUUUGCAUGUAAUAUACGGCCCAGCUGAUCCCGUUAAUCCUCGAGGCUUUAUAGAAUUCUAUAAAAACACAGUGCCAAAUUCAGAAGUAACCGUCCUAAGAGAUCAUAUUAGUCAUUAUCCACAGGUAGAAGAUGUUGAAGCUUUCUCUGAGGCUUUCAAGAAUUUUCUGAAUAGUCAAUAA